AUGACCGAUGACAAAAAGUCAAUGAGAUGCAUGGUCUACAUCAGCUUCCACAAAGGUGAAGAUACAAUACGGUACUCCUUCAUCAGCCACCUCUCCGCCUCUCUCAGCCGGAAAGGCCUGAUCUCUUCGUCCUCGACGUUGGUGGAUAACUCCUCCAACGAGACUAAGAUAGAGAAACAGAGUUUUAAGGCUUUUGUGGUGGUUAUCUCUGAGAAGUACGUGUUAUCUGCAGAAUGCCUUGAUGAACUUGCGGAGUUUGUUGAUUGUCAGCUGCGGAAUAACCAAAACGUGGUGGUCCCGGUGUUUUACUGCAUAACUAAAUCGGAAGUUGUGCAUAAAUCGCGAUUGGACAUAUUGAGAGAUACAUUUCCGCAUGAGAUUUACUCAGCCGAGCGGGUAGCUCGUUGGAUAGGCAGUUUGAAGAAAAUGACCGACUCGUAUAAACCAAGGAUGGAUUGCGGUGACUGUGAAUUUGUGGAAGAGAUUGCUAGAGAAGUGUAUGAAAUUAUGUUUCCUACCAAACGAAUUGGAAUAUACUCGUCGAGGCUAUUGGAGUUAGAAAACUUUCUUCGCAAGCAACCAUGGGGUGGUGUCCGAAGCAUAGGAAUUUGGGGCAUGCCAGGCAUAGGCAAAACAACACUAGCUAAAGCAGCAUUUGACCAGCUUUCUGGUGAUUAUGAAGCGUCUUGCUUCAUCAAAGACUUCGACAAAGAAUUUCAUGAGAAAGGGCUUUAUCAUUUGAUAAAGGAAUACUAUGGAGAAACUCUCAAGGAAGAGCUAGAACCAAAAAGAGUACUUAUCGUCCUAGACAAUGUGUGCAAACCUCUGGAUGCAGAUGCUCUUCUGAAUGGUUUUGAUUGGUUUGGUCCAGGAAGCUUGAUAGUCAUAACCUCGAGAGAUAAACAAGUAUUCGUUCAAUGUGGCAUCGAUCAAAUAUAUGAGGUUGAAGGUUUAAACGAAGAUGAGGCGAAGCAACUAUUCUCUAGAUACGCAUUUGGAAUCGAUUGGAGAAAAAAGAGUCUCUUGGAUACCUUCUCACCUUACUUGAUGCCAGUCAUACAAUAUUCAAGUGGAAACCCUUUAGCUCUGAGUCUUUAUGGAAAAUUCUUGUCCCACAAGAAACCAAUGGAGUUGGAGACAGAGAUGCUCAGGCUAAAGCAAACUCCUUUGCCUUCGAUUUUGGAAGCAUUCAAGAGCAGCUACAAUACACUCAAUGAAAACGAGAAGACUAUGUUUCUAGACAUUGCUUGUUUCUUCAAUGGAGAAAAUGUGGACUACGUGAUGCAACUGUUUGAAGGGUGUGGUUUCUUUCCACAUGUUGGAAUAUAUGUUCUAGUGGAGAAAUGUCUCGUGACUAUCUUAGAAAAUAAGAUGCAAAUGCGUAAUCUGAUCCAUGUCAUUGGAAAGGAAAUUUCUAUUGAAGAAAGUGUACAACUCAAGAGCGAUUUUAGAUUAUGGGAUGCUUCAAUCAUUCAAACUCUGCUAGAAGAUGAAGAAACCAGAUCAACUGGAAAAUCUAAGGGUGUUGAAGAUAUUGAAGCCAUAUUUCUAGAUACAUCUAACUUGGACUUUUUUGUCAAACCUUAUGCUUUCAAGAGUAUGCAUAAUCUUAGAUUUCUAAAGAUUUACAGUUCUAAUCCUGAAAAGCAUCAAGGACUUCGUCUUCUCAAAGAUCUUGAGUCUCUUCCGAAUGAGCUAAGGCUACUCCAUUGGGAGGAUUACCCUCUGAAAUCCUUGCCACAAGAUUUUGAUCCUAGGCACCUUGUUGAACUCAACAUGCCUUACAGUAAACUUCAAAAACUUUGGGGAGGAACAAAGAAUCUCAAGAUGUUGAAGACGAUCAAGCUUUGUCAUUCUCAAGAGCUAGUUGAAAUUAACGAUUUUCUAAGUGCUCAAAACAUUGAGGUAAUAGAUCUCCAAGGCUGUACAAGAUUUCAGAGUUUUCCAGCCUCAAGUCAUCUACAGCAUCUCCGAGUUAUUAACCUCUCUGGUUGUGUAGAGAUCAAAAGCUUUCCAGAGGUUCCACCGAAUAUUGAGGCGUUGUAUCUUAGUGGAAUUAGUAUAAGAGAAAUACUAACAUCAAGUGUGAGGCUCUCUCCGCAAUGUAGGAACUGCAAAGAACUGGAAAAGGUUAGCUCAUCAAACCAAGAUCUAGACAAGCUUGUUUGCUUGAAUCCCAAAGAUUGUCUUCGUGUCCAAAGUUUAGAUUUUCUCAGAGUUCUUGAUCUCUCUGGAUGCUUAGAGCUCGAAAAGAUUCAGUGCUUCCCAAGAAACCUGAAAGAACUAAAUCUUUCAGAGACCGCAAUAAGAGAAAUACCUUCAUCAGUCAGUCAUCUCACUGCACUCGAGGUAUUGGAUCUAACGAAGUGCAAAAGGCUUCAGCACUUGCCCAUGGGAAUGAGUAACAUGGUCUCUCUUGUUAAGCUUGUGCUCUCUGGCUGCUCAAAGCUUGGAGUUAUUCAAGAUCUUCCAACAAACCUGAAAUAUUUAUAUCUUGCUGAGACCGCCAUAAGAGAAGUGCCAUCGUCAAUCUGUCAUCUCACUGAACUUGUUGUCUUCGAUGCAAAGAACUGCAAAAAUCUUCAAGACUUGCCUAUUGGAAUGGGUAGUUUAAACUCUCUUGAUAUGCUUACCUUGUCUGGAUGCUUAAAUCUUGAGGUUAUCCACGAUCUUCCUCGGAACCUUAAGUUCUUAAGUCUAGCUGAGACGCCUAUAAAGAAACUCCCAUCUUCAUUGGAGGAUCUCACUGAACUGGUUUCACUAGAUUUGAAAGAUUGCAAAAGGCUGCAACAUCUUUACUUGGGUUUAUUCAAAUCCAUUGUCACCAUUGAGCUAUCUGGCUGCUCAGAGCUCGAGUAUGUUCUUGGUUUCUCACUUCAAGAUAUGGUACAACGAGCUCAUAUAGAUGGGACCGACAAAGUGAUGUUAGGUGGAUCUCCUCCAUGUCAUGUCAUGUUAAUUUGGGAAAAAUGGAGAACAUUUCAUCUCAUAGCAAGAGACAAGAGUGGCUCCAAAUGCUCUCUCAUACUUAUGCCAUUUUUAGCCACGCCAUAUCAAUCAAUGCUGCCAUCUUCGUUGUUUUCUUCCUUUGUGUCAAGAAUGUACGCCAUGGUGUCUUUGUGUCUCAGUAAUACAUAUCUACUGGACAUACAUAUACCUCAAGAGAUAUGUUAUUUUCCUUCACUAAAAUCAUUGGAUCUCAGCGGAAAUGGCUUUAGCAAGCUUCCUCAAAGCAUGAAGCAGCUCUGUAAACUGGAAAGCCUUACAUUAACUCAUUGCAAAAACCUCAAAUCACUCCCUGAGCUUCCCCAGAGUCUAGAUCUUUUGAAUGCACAUGGUUGCGUGUCUUUGAAGAGUAUUCAUAUGAGCUUCGAGCAGUUUCCUAGACAUUGCACAUUCAGCAAUUGCUUUAAUCUUUCUUCAGAUUCAGUCAAGAAGAUUUUAGAUUCUAGUGUAUCUCAAAUGGCCAGAGAGCAUACUCAGAAGCUCAUCAAAGCACCAAUAUUCAGUUUAUCUGUUCCAACAUCUGAUGGUCUGAAAUCUAUCACUCACUUGCAACGAAGUUCAUCAGUGAAGAUACAGUUAACUCCUCGUAUCAAAACACUUAUGGGGUUUCAAAUAUCAGUUGUAAUUGCAUUUUGGGAUGAAUCCUACAAUGUUUCUGGUAUUGGCAUCAGGUGUGUCUGCAGAUGGAGAAACAAGAAAGGCGUCUCACGCCGACUAGAAAGAGUUUAUGAUUGUUGGACUCCAGAGGAAGUUAUUGCUCAAAGAGUUCGAAAAAAUCACAUGUUUGUCUUCUGUGAUGUCUCAAUGCAUCCAGGAGCUGCUGAUGGGAAUUACCUAGAUUUAUUGAAUGAUCUUGUUGUAUUUGAGUUUGUUCCUGUUAACGAUCAGAACAUGGUUGUUGAUGAUUCUUGCACUAUAACAGAAUGUGGAGUAGAUGUAAUAACUACAGAAACAGGCAGAGCCAGUCAUGACUUGAGGCGCACUUCUUCUGUUUUGGACUCCAUGGAGCUUUCCUCAUAUGUAUUACCACCAUACAAGAAACGGAAACGAAUUCUCUCAGGAUUAGAAGACAUUGAAAUGGAAUACGAGAGGUUUAUCUUGUCAGAAACAAAGCAAGGUGUAGCAGCUCAUAAGUCUUCUUUGAUUCACCAUCAGAGAAACCAUGUUUUCUUGAGCUUCUGUGAGGAUGUCCGAAGAACCUUUGUAAGCUACUUGAUCAAGGAAUUUAAAUGGAUUGGAAUCACUGCAGUACAUAGUCAGUUUAAGGGAGGGAAGUCGAUGAGUCGUCAUAAGGUCACACAGGCCAUAAAAGAAUCAAGGGUAUCAGUUGUCAUUCUAUCGAGGAACUAUGUUUCUUCGAGUAGGUGCUUGAACGAAUUGGUGGAGAUCUUAACAUGGAGGGAAGAAACAUGGGGACACCGAGUGGUCAUACCAAUAUACUAUGAAGUGAAUCAAUCUGAUGUUAGAAACCAGACCAAAACUAUUGGUAAGGACUUGAUGAGAAACUCUUUGGAGAAAAUAGAGAAGAUGGAGCUGAGAUGGAUGAGAGCUUUGACAUGCAUUGUGGAUAUAGUCGGUGAAUCUUCCCAAGACUGGGAAGAUGAAGGGAAGAUGAUUGAGAAGAUUGCUGUUGAUGUUUCAAAUCAAGUGAAUGUGAUUGAAUCAAACGGAGUUGGUGCAAUGUUUAUUGAAGAAGAGGGAAAGGACAUUGAAAAUUUUAAGAAAAGUAUAUGGGAUGAAUUAGACGGUGUGAGAAGCAUCCCAGGCUGGCUUCUUAGUCAAGGCACUAUAGGUCUGUUUCUGCUAAUUCUUAGGUCAAGAAGUUCUCACUGCAAUCAAGGUUCAAUAUGGUGA